AUGAUCGAAACGCCGUGCACAUGCGAGAAAAAGAAGGAGAUGGAGAAGGAGGAACGAACCGAUGAGAUUUAUCGGACGUGCAAUCUUCCGACACGAUUUAUGUAUCCUCGAGUGUUCAAGGGAUAUCGACAGGACGAAACUCCCCUACCCCAUCCUUGUUACAGAAGCACGGCGAUGGAUUACGGAUGGUACGCGCCGACGAUUCACACCGUGCCAACCUCUUAUUACCCACGAGAUAAUUCUUUCAGCAUAAAUCAAGGACGCGGUGGGAUGUAUCGUAAUUGUUCCUUGAAUACGGUAUUGGAUAAAAGCAGAGUUUAAAUUUCUCGCACGUUUCAAAUUCUCACAUUUGAUUAUCUCUAAAAUAAUUUUCGUAAAGAAAAUGCGUUAAUUAAUACGACUAAUCGUACACGUGAUGUAUUUAUUAAAUCUCUUGAAAAUGUAACUUCUCGUAAUUCUCGUGUAUUAAACUUUGACGAUCGGAUCGAAUGAUAAUCGACAAAUUGUUAUUCUCGCGUUAAAAUUAUGUACACAUAUCAUGUAUUUUGACAACGAAAUCAUCGAUUGUAUGAAGAAUUAAUGUCGAUCGAUUCCAAUAUAUAAUUUCGAAGAGAUGGAAAUAUAUUAAUUUAAAUAAUUUAAAUAAUGCUUUAACGAUUUUUUGUUGAGAGAAGAUGAGCGAGAUGUAAUCGAAGCAAGAGAGAACAAAUUAUAAACGUGCAUAUAGAUUCAGAUAUAUUAUGUUCUUCGAACACUUGAUACACAUGUACUUUAGAAAGAGAUAUAAACGAACAUUGUUGUAAUAGCGAAAUAAAAAAAAAUAUCAAGUAUAUGGAGACUCAUAAUAAAAGAAAAAAUAUGUACGAUAUCUUAAUAAUUAAUAAACUUUCCAAUUUUAUAUAUAUAUA